UCAAAACACUGCUUAAAAUUCUCACAUGGCAUGAUUUCGUUAUGCUCAGAGGCUAUCUGGCUUUCUAACCAGUCACUAUUUUUUUUUUAUGUUAUUUUUUUUACUUUUUAAUAAUGUUAGGUUUUAAGUAUGCUCAUGUUGUACUCUUGUUUCUUAUCACCCCUUCUGUAACUGCAUACGGGGGUAUUGUUUAUAUCCACAGAGUAAGAAAUUCAUCCAUUGACAUUUCCUGUGAAUCUGCAAAAAAAGAAGAAAACCCAUUUGCCUUUUCGCUGAAACGCAGGUUGCUGCAGUCCAGACAAGUGAUGUAUCUUUCUAAAGGAUUCCAACCAUUUAUCAAUAAAUCUGAGGACAAGGAUCGCAUCACUGUACAUGAUGAGCUGGACAACCACAGAGUUAAUCUGACAAUCUCAAACCUGCAAGGACAGGACACAGAUGUGUACCACUGUGAAUUCCACUAUGAUGCUCUUCCAUAUGAUAAGAAUGUUCCUGGCAAGAUGGAGUUCUUCAUCUACAUUGAAGACUUCUCUCAUUGUAAUUGUUCAAGUUACCUGCUGUUGCUGUAUGUGAUCUCUGGAGCUGCAUGUCUGCUGGGUGUUCUGGUUUUCACUCUCGCUAUCGCUUACUGUUGUAAAGCGCUUAACCGUAGAAAGCCACAGCCUAUAGUUCCUGUUUAUGAGGAGAUGGCCAGGGUGCGGCCCACCAAAGGAAAAGCCACAAGCUGUCAUACUGAUAUUGCAAAACUGGAGGAAGCAAACAGCACUGUGGCCCAUUUGUUCAGCAACCAAAACCUUUAUGUCAAUUGAUUUAACAAAAUGUGUUGACUGGGAAGGGACUCUACUGAAGUGCUGAUGUUCAUCAUGAUGCUCCAGCUCACCCACACAACCUUUCGGAAUCAUCAGAUUUAAAAGUUGUUUGUUUGCAUAAAAUUUUGUCUUUCCAUCUUUCAUCUCUAUACCUUCAUGUUAAUGGUACUUCAAGACAUAAUUUUAAUGCUACAAAUACAGAAUGUCAGCUUACAUCAUUUUUGAUAGAGAAAUGAUCUGAUUUUUUCUGUAGCACAAAAAAAGUUCUGAUAAAAGAUAGAUGAAGUAUUUUGUGAUAUACUGGCAACAGUGUUUUUCCCCACUGUCUGCACAUUCUCUGCAUUAAAAAAAUAAGUUUUGUGAUUUCACAAAAAUACAUUGUUGAAGGACCUGUUUAUUGAAAUGCUGGUAAAGGCGGAAACUGACAAGACUUUCACAUCAUUGUUCUGUUGACAUUUGUCAAAAAUUAAAGCAUGCAAAUAACAUACAAGAUUGUUUGCACAGCUUCGCAUUUACACAAGCAGAAGAUGUGACUUCCUGUCUUCUCUCACACUUGGUUGAUUUUGGACUGCAGACAGUCCAUCAGACAUUUUGAGACAAAAGUGAGAGCAAAGUGUUGUAUUUGUUGGCUUUAAAUAUGAAUGUUAUAUGUUUUUAUUCACUUUGUAACAAAUAAAUAUUUUCUCUCAUUUACAUA